AUGGUUGUGGUUGGUGGAAAGGAAGCUGCAAAAAUCAAUCUAUUAGAUAGAGGUGGUGGUCGUCAUCAACAAGGAAGAUGUACGGAUGUUCUAGGUGGGAUUGUUGAGUUACGGGAAGGAGUUAACUCGGACGCUAGGUACGAUACUCGAUCACCUCUCUCUUCUCCCACUUUUGCGCCUCACCAGCUCGAAGUCCUGCUCCGCCUCACUGCUGUUGCCGCCUUACUCCGCUCACCGCUGCUGUCACUCCACAGCCCCCCUGCUCCGACGCCGCCUGCUGCCGCCUCUGAUUUGAAGAUUGAUCAAGAAAUCAGAAAAAUGAAGGAAGAAGAAGUGAACAGAUGUCAAAUCCAAGAAUGGUAUCCAAAAUUCAAAUCCACAACCAUCAAAACAAUAAUCCAUGAGCUCCCGGAAUCCUUCAUUCAUUAUCUCCUCGAUGAUUCUGGUCCUUUCCUCCUUCCGCUUUCCAUUUCCAAUUCCGACGCAUUGCCCAACAGAAUCCACAAUUCCGAAGACCAACAAGACUACAUUAUAUCCCAAGAACAAGAAUCUGAUGACGAAUCAGAACAACCACCACCACCACCUUCAUUCCCGGAAUUGGAAUCACAAAUCAACGAAUCAAUCAAAACACUCGGCGGUGCCAUCUUCCCUAAACUCAACUGGACCUCCCCUAAAGACUCUGCUUGGAUCAGCUCAACCGGGACCCUCAAAUGCACCUCAUUUACCGAAAUCGCCCUUUUGCUCAAAUCAUCCGAUUCAUUGGUCCACGAUCUUUGCCACGCUUAUGAUUUGUGUAACGACCGUAAUGCCCCUAGACCGGAUCGUUUCUUCCUCGCCCUUCGGAAAUGGUACCCGUCUCUCCACCCGGAAAUGGAAUUCCGUUGCUUCGUCCGGAAUCACACCCUGGUCGGAAUCUCGCAACGAGAAGUCACGGGGUUUUACCCGAUGCUGAUCGAAAAGAAACAUGAGUUGGAAACAGGAAUCAAGAAGUUUUAUAUUGAGAAUGUGAGUAUGAGAUUUGAGUCGGAAAGUUACACGUUUGAUGUGUAUGUGAGAACGGAUGGGGCGGUUAAGCUUUUGGAUUUUAACCCGUGGUGUGCGUUUACAUUGCCGUUGUUGUUUACAUGGCCGGAAUUGGAAUCGGAAUCGGAAUCGGAAUCGGUGAGAGGGGGAAUGGAAUUUAGAAUUGUGGAGAGUCAGUGUGGAGUGAGGCCGGGUUUGAAGACUGCGGUUCCAUAUGAUUAUUUGGAUACAAGUGAAGGAAGUGGUUGGGAUCAGUUUCUUAGAAAUGCUGAUGAUGAGUUGAGGCGACAAAUUAGGUCCGCUGGUGCCUAG